AUGCUUCUGCACGUGCAUACUCCGGUUUAUUAUGAAUUUUUGUCGGUCAUGGACAGUGCAGAACAAGAAGCAAGAAAGCGAUCAGCCAUCGUUGACGAAAUCAGACAAUUGAGUGUACAACAACAAAAACUUACCGCAGAAAACAACAGGCUUCGGUCAGUCGUUCAAGAAUACCGAGGCUAUAAGCAAUUCUUGGAAUGUCUGGUACCUGAACCGCAUCGGUCCGGACGUCAGUUAAUCCGUCAAGAAAGACGACUGGCCAAGGCAAGAGCGCGUGAAGAAGCACGGCGGAAGUUGACCAUACAGCCCCCCUUGAGCGUGCCCCCAGAUAUCAGAAGAAGGCCAUCAUUCAUGAUGCGGAGAAAGUCAACUCUCAGACCUCCGGUUACUUCCAAAUCCCCAACGUCUGUUUCAUCGAGUCCAAGAACUCCUCGAGCUUUCAGCUCCAUUGACGAGGAACACCUGGAUUCUAGCAGCGAUGAGAGCGUAAGUACCACCGGACGCGUCACUCGCUUCUACCCGAAUAGCAUUCUCAGCGGUCAAGUCAUUCCUCAAACAGAGGAUAUACUUGACCACUCGACGUUUAUCUGA